AUGACAGAGAAGUAUGAAUUGGUUUUUCUAAACUUUUACGCCGAUUGGUGUCGAUUCAGUCAAAUAUUAGCCCCGGUUUUCGAGGAGUCCUACACCAAAGUGCUCGAAGAGUUUCCGGAACCGGGACGUGUGCUUUUUGGCAAAGUGGACUGUGAACAUGAAACCACUUUGGGGACGCGCUUUCAUAUCUCGAAAUACCCGACACUUAAGCUAUUAAUGAACGGAAAGACAAUGAAACGUGAAUUUCGUGGACAGCGCAGCGCUGACGCCAUUGUCCAACACGUGAGAGACCUCCUGAAGGAUCCGAUUAAACACAUCGAAAAUUUUGACGAAUUCAACAAAAUCGACGAAACGAAGGGCUCGUUAAUCGCGUAUUCGUCGGCCCUUCCCAACACAAUACAAGACUAUAAUAUAUACCGAAAGGUUGCCAUCGAUUUACGUGACGACUGCUCCUUCUAUUGGGUGACCGGCGACCCCUCCCACUCGCACCUUACGGACGGCAAGUCGCUGUCGGUUCUCUUCAAACCGUCGCGAACUAAGCCUAAUGUCAACGACUUGUCAUAUCCCGGAGUCCUUCAAAGUUACGACGAGUUGAGUACAUGGGCUACCGAUAAGUGCAUUCCUCUGGUUCGGGAGAUAACCUUCGAGAACGCCGAAGAGCUCACCGAAGAAGGUCUGCCAUUCGUCAUAUUAUUCCACGCGCCCGACGACAAGCAUAGUAUUGAUAUCUACACGAAAGUGGUUCAGACGGAACUGCUGUCAGAGUCAGGAAACGUGAACUUCUUGAUCGCUGACGGACUCAAAUUCGCGCAUCCAUUACACCAUUUGGGCAAAACUCAGAAAGACUUACCACUGAUUGCAAUCGACAGCUUCAGACACAUGUAUUUGUUUCCCGACUUUCAGGACGUUCUAAUACCGGGAAAAGUAAAACAAUUCUUACAAGACUUAUAUUCUGGGAAACUUCACCGGGAGUUCCACUUCGGACCCGAUCCCGUAACCAAUGAAAUUCAAGCACAAGGCGGUCAGACAAGUCCUCCAGAGUCGACAUUCGCAAAGUUGGCGCCAUCGAGGAAUCGAUACACACUAUUGAAAGACGAGUUGUGAUAACAAUUAGACAAAAAAUGCAAUGAAAUUAAGAUAAUUUUUAUAUUUAUAUUUUGUUUGACUUAACAAAUCGUUUAUUUAUUCAGUCAUUCCUUUCAAAAUAAAUUCAGUGAAAAGCGAA